GACUCCAAAAACACGAAGCUCAGCUGUCUCUCUUUUGCUCUUGCGCUGUGGCUGAAGCAGCCGCAUGUCUCGUUCGUUUGGAUGAUUCUGCCCUCGUCCCGCCAUUGCUGGACUGGAGUGUUGCAAAGAAAGGCCGACGGACCAAUCAUUCUUAGCUCGCUUUCAGGCGCUCAGCUUCUGCUAGAGGAACACAGUGGAUCUACCGCCGCUCGUUUCUCACCCAAAUCCGAUGGGCAUGUGUUUUGUGGUGGGUUGACCGAUCUGUGCUUGUUUAUGGGUGAAUAGGAGUGGCGUAAGGUGUAGAGUCGUCGGCUAUGGCAGUGGAGGGUCGAAUUUUGGCGGUUAGAGUGACGUCUGGCGGGUGUGCCUGAGAAGAGAGAGAGAGAGAGAGGAAAAAAAAAAAGAAUUAGAGCCAAAAGCAAGGGAUUUGGUAGCUUAUUUGUCUGUGAUAGUAAUGCUGAGCAGACGCUCUCUUGUAGUUGUGCCCUUACUCUUCAGACCCUCUCGUCUCUUCUCCUUCUUCACCAAAUCCCCAAUUGUAGUCCACAGCGGAAACACUCGCCGCCCACUUCUCCGCCACCGCGCCACCGCUUUUUUAUUCACCAAACCCAUUUGUACCGAUGAUUCUUUCCCUUGUUUCUCCAUGAACAAAGUAAACCAUUGCUAUUUGUCCACUCUCUCUACCACCGCCACUUCACCGACUCAUGAUUCCUACGUUUCACUCCCUACUAGUGGUACUACGCUUUCCAAUAAAUCCAAGAGAAAAGCACGCCGAGAAUCGCCCGAGGGAGUGCUUAGAGAGAAGCUAAAUAUGUGUUCGAAUCGCGGUGACGUGGUUGAAGCGCUUCGGCUUUAUGACGAGGCGCGCCAAAGUGGGGUCCAGCUUAGCCAACACCACUACAAUGUGUUGCUCUAUCUGUGCUCUUCUUCAGAUGUCGGUUUGGGUCUGGAGAGGGGUUUUGAGAUAUUUCAAGAGAUGCUGAUGAAUAAAGUCUUGCCCAACGAGGCCACAUUUACUAGUGCUGCGAGGAUUGCUGCUGCUAGGGAAGACCCCGGAAUGGCCUUUGAGUUGGUUAGGCAGAUGAAGGGCUUUGGUAUUGCACCCAAACUGAGGUCGUAUGGCCCAGCUUUGAUGGGGUUUUGUGAGAAGGGAAUGGCGGAUAGAGCUUAUGAAGUUGAUGCUGAUAUGAUUGCGUCCGGGGUAGUGGCUGAGGAGGCCGAGCUUUCUGCAAUUUUGAAAGUUAGUGUUGAUGCCAAGAGGGCAGACAAGGUGUAUGAGAUAAUGCAAAGGUUGCGAGCCACGGUGAGGCACGUCUCAGAGACGACUGCUGAGAUUAUUCAGAAUUGGUUUAAAUGUGAAGAGGGGGGAAAAGUAGGGGAGGAGACUUGGGAUGAGAUUGAAGUGAGGGAAGCAACUGUAAGGGGAGGUGGAGGGUGGCAUGGUCAGGGGUGGCUGGGCAGUGGGGAAUGGAGGGUGACUAGGACUCAUAUGGAUGAGACCGGUGUUUGUAGUUUCUGUGGUGAGAAACUUGUUUGUAUUGAUAUAGAUCCCAUAGAGACGCAAAAUUUUGCUUCCUCGUUAACAAAAUUGGCUUGCCAAAGAGAGGUUAGGGCUGAUUUUGUUCAGUUUCAGGAGUGGCUUCAGCACCAGGGUCCAUUUGAUGCAGUUGUAGAUGGUGCCAAUUUGGGCCUUAUCAACCAGCAUAGUUUCAGCUUUUUCCAGCUUAAUACUGUUGUACAAAAACUGCGUCAAUUGAGUCCUUCAAAGAGAUUACCCCUAAUUAUUUUGCAUAAAAAUCGUGUAACUGGUGGUCCUGCUCAGCAUCCUAAUAACAAGAAGUUGUUAGAGAGUUGGAAAAAGUCUGGGGCACUUUAUGCUACACCUCCUGGUUCCAAUGAUGACUGGUACUGGUUAUAUGCUGCUGUUAGUUGCAAGUGUUUACUGGUGACAAAUGAUGAGAUGAGAGACCACUUGUUCCAACUGCUAGGGAGUAGCUUUUUCCCAAGAUGGAAGGAAAAGCAUCAGGUUCGACUGUCAUUCUCACAGCGCGGGCCCACUCUCCACAUGCCUCCCCCUUAUUCGAUCGUUAUUCAGGAGUCAGAAAAGGGUAGUUGGCAUGUUCCAACGACCACAGGCGAUGAUCUUGAGACUCCAAGGCAGUGGUUGUGUGCCACUCGUACUAAGGGCACAACAUUACAUCAUCUCUGAAAACAUUUUUCCCCUUCUAUAUGAACAUGCAUGUUGAGUGGGAGAUUGUGUAAUCAUAUCAGGCUCCAUUUUUAUUUAA